UUCUACGAAGAUAGUUCUAGUUCUCUGCAAUCCCAUCAGUUGUCGCGAGUUGUUUUGUCGAUACCUACUCGAUAUUAUAGCCAUUGAUUAAUGAUUAUUGCCUAUUGGUAUUUACAAAUUGCCAAUUGGUUAGUGCCUAUCUAAUCCCGCACAAUUUUUAUGCAUCAAUUGUCUUACACGCGUCCUAUUUUAUGAUUCAAGAUAUAAUUAAUGAUUAAUGGCGUUUUAAAGUUUUUCGAUUUGUUGUCGAUCGUAUAGGUACACAAGAUAGACCACAACUCUACGAGUUCCACGUCAAGACGAGCGAAGCCUCAAGAAGUCAAGACUCAAAAGUGUUAUGGCAGAAGAAUCCGGUCCGUCUCAGACUUCAAACCAGCGUUCCACAAUGAAAUAUUACAAAAUCGAAAUUAACAAGACCGAAUGGGAAGUACCCGAUAGGUAUCAAAUGCUCACUCCUGUUGGUCUUGGUGCCUACGGACAAGUUUGCUCAGCUGUUGACAAUCAGACUGGGCUGAAAGUUGCCAUCAAAAAACUUGCCAGACCAUUCCAGUCAGCAGUUCACGCUAAACGUACCUAUCGAGAGCUUCGCAUGUUAAAACACAUGAACCAUGAAAAUGUGAUUGGAUUAUUAGACGUGUUCACACCUGCAAACACUAUGAAUAAUUUUAAUCAAUUGUAUAUGGUCACCCAUUUAAUGGGAGCCGACUUAAAUAAUAUUAUACGUACACAAAAAUUAUCUGACGAUCAUGUCCAAUUCCUUGUUUAUCAAAUUUUACGAGGUUUAAAGUAUAUUCAUUCUGCUGGUAUAAUCCAUAGGGAUUUAAAACCAUCAAAUAUUGGUGUAAAUGAAGAUUGCGAGCUAAAAAUAUUAGAUUUUGGAUUAGCAAGACCAACAGAAAGUGAAAUGACUGGAUAUGUGGCUACCAGAUGGUACAGAGCACCUGAAAUAAUGUUAAACUGGAUGCAUUACAAUCAGACAGUUGAUAUUUGGUCAGUUGGCUGUAUUAUGGCUGAACUUUUGACCGGAAGGACAUUAUUUCCUGGCACGGAUCAUGUGGAUCAUUUAACACGUGUAUUAGUUUUGUGUGGAACACCGUCCGAUGAAUAUUUAAAUAAAAUUAAAAGCUCGGAGGCAAAAAAAUAUAUACAGUCUUUACCAGUUAUGCCAAAAAAAGAUUUUGGUGAAGUAUUCAAAGGAGCUAAUCCAUUAGCAAUUAAACUGUUAGAAGAAAUGUUGGAAUUGGACGCUGAUAAAAGAAUGACUGCUGAAAAAGCACUUGCACAUUCAUACCUGGCGCAAUAUGCUGAUCCAUCUGAUGAACCAAAUUCCCCUCCAUAUGAUCAAAGCUUUGAAGAUAUGGAAUUAAAUGUAGAAAAAUGGAAAGAACUUGUUUGGGAAGAAGUCGUAAGUUAUGUUCCAUCCACACAAUUAGAAUCACCAUAAGUUACUUCAACACAAUUUCGAU